GGCGACCACCUCAGCAGUCACCCGCGAUCCCACGCUCUGCCCCCACCUGACACACCCUCGCCCGCGCGCCUCCCGUGCCCCGAGGCCACGUGAAUUCCCCGCCCUGCCCCUACCGCCCAGCAUCCCCAGGGGGCAUGCCAGUAAUUUCCUUCCGCCACCGUGUGCCGUCCGGUCUCCGGACCCCGGUGGGCUGUAUCCUCGCCUGACCUGCCCGCCUGCGCUACGACGCUGCAGGCCGGGCUCUCGCUCGUCGCGUUUUUAUCUCCACCCACCUCUCUCUCUCCGAAACCAAAACCGACCGGCCUCGCUUUCGCCGGUUACCCGGUCAAACGCAUCAACCGCCGGCACGUCUCCGAUCGGAUCACGAUGGCUGCCCCGUGCCCCCGCCGGUCAGGCCAGGUCGCGUGGUCACGUGCGACGCGCAUGCCGUCCUCGGCCGGCGCCCCAGCCCCCUCGCCGUGUCCUUUUAUUCUCCCCCGCCUCACCGCCCGCAUCCCCAAUUCACGCCCCCACCACGACUUCCGUGCUCGCCGCCUUCUCGGACUAGGGGGGUUCGGCUCGAGAUCUGAUUUCGGGCGCCGGAGGACUACAUGGAGGUUAGGGAGAUGGCGAUGGCCGCGGCGGCUGCGGCUGCGGCGUCCGGCGGGGGAGGCGUCAAGCUGCCGCCGCCCAAUCCCAACCUGCCCUACAGGGAGGACUGCUGGAGCGACGGCGAGACGGCAGCUCUCGUCUCCGCCUGGGGCAGCCGCUACGUCGAGCUCAACCGCGGUAACCUGCGCCAGAAGCAGUGGCAGGAGGUGGCGGACGCCGUCAACUCGCGCCGGGGAGCCUCCGCGCGGCGCCGCCCGCCGCGCACCGACAUCCAGUGCAAGAACCGCGUCGAUACCCUCAAGAAGAAGUACAAGGCCGAGCUCGCCCGCAACGCGCCGUCCGCCUGGUCCUACUUCCCCGAGCUCGACCGCCUCGUCGGCCCAACCCUCAGCGCCUCCGCCUCCAAGAGACCCUUGGCGUCUCUGCCUCCUCAAUUCGCUUUGCCCAUGCAUCCACCAGCCGUGCGGAGGCCCCCGUCGCCUUCGCCGUCAUCGUCCUCCCCGCCGCAGCCGCCUAUGGCUUUGCCUCUACCCAAUUACCGCCGUGGGUCCCCGCUCCCUGCUGCUGCCCUCAUCCAGAAGGAAGCCGCGGCUGCUGCGGCUGCUGCGUCUGAUUCAGAGGACUCCGAUGAUGCGGCUGGCGGCAAUAAUCACAAAUUGCCCCGGUCGCCUUCGCGCUCGGUGUCGUCACUCUCUGCCAGUAACAAGAAGCGCUGCAGAGAUGAGGCUGGCAGCAGUGCUGACAAAGGUUUCAGAGAGUUAGCAAGGGCGAUCGAAGCUUUUGCGGAGAUGUAUGAGCGUGUGGAGAGUGCUAAGCAAAAGCAUGUGGUGGAGAUGGAGCGCCAGCGAAUUGAAUUCCUGAAGCAACUGGAGGUGAAACGCAUGGAGAAUUUCGUUGAUGCCCAUGUGAAGCUGGCUAGAGCAAAGCGCACGAAGAAGACUACAGGGGGUGCUGCCGACGGUGCUGGUGGUAUGGAGUUGGUUGCCACCGUUGCUGCGCUGCCUUUCGUCUCCACCUCCACCUUCCUCUGAUAUUGAGGAAGAGUUUAGAUCAUCAGUGUCGAUCUCAGUGUGAUGGCAUCCUGUCCAGUGAAAGGACUGCUUGGCAGUAAACACUACUGCCCUUGGUUACUCUAAAGACGGACAUGUUCUUAGGUUCAUCGCAGUUUGUAAUCCAGUACAUGAUUAAUUGAAGACUAGAAAUUCCUAGCGUAAAGCUCUGCUGAGAGCGUUUGUCCUGGCUGUUCGCCUGAUUGUUUUAUUGACUGUAGCUCAGAGUGUCUGACCUUAUCUGGAAAAAUAUGGUGACGGAAAAUGGUCUUGGAGUCAUUUGCUACUAGUCUUGUCUGGAAUCAUGCAAUUCCGAGAUCAUGUCUUUUUCUCAUCCCUCAGUUUUAUGAUUGGUUUGCGAAAUAAAACGAGUUGAUCCAUCAUCA